GCCUCGGCAGCUCCUUUCCAAAAUCAACUCUUUCCUUCUUUCUCUCUCGCGCUGCUUCGCCCACCCUCUCCGCCUAGUAUCCUUUUCUUCUCGAUCCUGGGCUUUACGAGGGUUUAAGCAAAACCUGAUAUAAACCCUAAAUUGUUCGUUUUCUUCCUCAUUUUUCCGUAAUUGCAUAUUUACUCUGUUACGGUCUGUCUCAUUAAUUAUUUCUGACCGCGUUUUAUUUUCUCGGAGUCUUUUUAUGCAAGAGAUCGAAUUAAGACUUGCAAAUCACUGUGAUGACUAUGAUUGAGGGGCCGAAUGAAUCAUAAUGAUUUGGCCCUUGAGAUUUUUGGAGUGAAGAAUGGUGCUUUUGGGCGUUUAUGUCAUGUUCAAGUGAUGUGAAGUGCUGAAUAUGGGCGAUGGUGCUGGGGAGACUGGAAGACAGCUUGAACAACCAAACACGCGGAGAAAAUUGGGUGGUGAUGACUUUGCCCAAGCAAUUGCAAAGGUCGCAGUAGGGCAAGUAUGCGAGAGUGAGGGUUUUCAUGCCAUUCAACGGUCAUCUCUUGAAACACUAUCUGACAUUGCAGUUCGGUAUAUUCAGAACGUUGGGAAAACUGCACGUUGCCAUGCUAAUCUUGCAGGUAGAACUGAAUGCAAUGUUUUUGAUAUCAUGCAAGGGUUAGAAGACAUCGGAUCUGCUCAGGGAUUCUUAGGUGCCUCAGUUAUUGAUCAUUGCGUUGGAAGUUCAGGCAUUGUUCGGGAGAUUAUUCAGUUUGUGACUGAAACUGAGCCAGUUCCAUUUGCCUAUGCCGUCCCAAAGUUUCCAGUUGUGAAAGAACGGGUACUGACUCCAAGUUUUUUACAAAUAGAAGAAGAGCCUCCUGCAGAGCAUAUACCUGCUUGGUUGCCUACCUUCCCUGACCCUCAAACAUAUUCUUGGUCACCUACAAUGGAUAAGAGAGGGACAGAAUCUUAUGUUUCGAAACUUGACCUGGAAAGAGAGCAUAGUAAGGGGGAGCGGUAUUUGUUAAAUUUGCAGCCACAGAUGGUAUCGAAUGUGGCUGAAAAGUCAGCAUUGAUUGAAACAACUAAUGCAAAGGGGAAAAAAGUAGCAGGGGAAAGUAACCCGUUUCUUGCUGCCCCUCUGCAAUUUGGGGAGAAGGAAGUGGCUUCUGUGACCCCUCCACCUAAGCUUUUCAAUGAUGUAGCUGCAGCAAACCCUGCUGCGGAAGAUUUUGUUGAAGACAGAUUUAUUUCAGUGCUGGACACAUUUGCUCCAGCAAUUGAAGCUAUGAAAAGCUCACAGUGUGAUUUUGAUGAAGAGCAGAGUAAGCUUCUUUUAAAUAGGAGGCCUCAUGUGCAUUUCAAGAUUGGAAUCAAAAAGAAUUUUGUAGGUAGGUUGGUAGACUCUGGUCCGCAAAAUGAAAACGAUGAGAAGACUCUCCCGCGGUUUGUAAUGGAAGGUGAGAAGGAUGAUAGGAAAAAGAGGGCAGAGAAAAUUCUGAAGGAAUCUUUGGAAAAUCCAGAUGAGCUUGUUCAGUUGUAAUAUAUAUUGCUUUUAGUGAACUUGUAUACUUGUUCAGGAGACUGUUGGGAUAGCUAGUUCUGGGAUAGUGAAUUCUAGGUCCUUGUCUGCUUUUGGGGAUUAUAGGAUGGGUAUUACUAUUUUGCAGAGACAUGUUCCCACUUUAACAAUCUUUGAGGUAUGUGCUUGUCAAUUGCUUGGCAAAUCAGAUCAUUAUUCUUUUCAUUGAAA